AUGCCUGAGAAUCUAUUAUGUAAUCAAAUAAUUGAUUCUGUUAUGGCAAUUAAUAAUGAAACUAGUAGGAUCAUUGAGUUAAAUUCUAAUAUAGUAGCAGAUAAUGAUAAUAUUAGUAUGGAAAUAGAUACAUCUAAAGUAUUUUCUUUAGAUAUUAUGAGAGAUAUAGAUAUUGAAUCACAAAUGUUUAAUAUAGACCAAAAAGUAUAUGAAGAUAAUACAGAAAUUAGUUCAAAAAGACAAACUAUUGUAUUAGCUCUACAACAUAAUAAUUUUGAUAUAGAAACAUUAGCUAGAAAUAUGUCAAUAGUGAUUGAUGAUGAUGAAAAUUUGAGUUAA